AUGGUGCCGACUCGUCUUCUGCUGCUCUCAGCAGCCCUACUCCUCCUCACCUCGGCCGCAACCAUCAAAAAAUGCCGCGAGGAAACCUUCCAGAACCCAGUCCUCUACGAAGACUACCCUGACAACGACAUCUCCGUCGGCCCAGACGGCGCCUUCUACUUCUCCGCCUCAAACUUCCAUUACAGCCCCGGCGCCCCGAUCCUCCGCUCCUUCGACCUCGUCAACUGGGAGCCCGUCGGGCACUCCAUUCCCCGUCUCAAUUUCGGCGACGGUUACGACCUCCCACCCGGCGGGCCCCGUGCCUACCGAGGUGGUACCUGGGCCUCGACGCUGCGGUACCGCGAGAGUGAUGGGCUAUGGUACUGGAUUGGGUGCACCAACUUCUGGAUCACCUGGGUCUUUACUGCUUCGUCCGUGGAGGGGCCUUGGUAUAACCGCGCCAACUUUGGUGGUGGGAAUUGCAUGUAUGACAACGGGUUGCUGAUCGACGAUGAUGAUACGAUGUAUGUGGUCUACGGCAACGGGAAAAUCAGCGUUUCGCAGCUCGCUGCCGAUGGUCUUAGUGUUGUGAAGACGCAGCAGGUUCUGCAGGCAUCGGAUGUCAAUACCGAGACGGUGGAGGGUAACAGGAUGUACAAAAUCAACGGAACGUACUAUAUCCUCAAUGACCAGCCCGGAUCCACGACCUACAUCUGGAAGUCGAGCAGUCCGUGGGGUCCUUACGAAGCGAAGAUCCUGGGCCAAAACAUUGCGCCGCCGCUAGAGGGAGGGAACUCACCCCAUCAGGGAAGUCUCAUUGAGACCGCGCAAGGAGACUGGUACUUCAUGUCAUUCACAUGGGCGUAUCCCGCGGGCCGCAUGCCUGUGCUGGCACCCAUUGUCUGGGGCGCGGAUGGCUUCCCCGAGAUCGUGAAAGGAAGCAACGGUGGUUGGGGCUCCUCCUACCCUCUACCUCUUCCAUCUCAGCCCUUGUACAAUUGGACGCGGACCUACACGUUUGAAAGCGAACUCGGUCCCACCUGGGAAUGGAAUCACAACCCCGACGUCGCGAGCUUCGAGGUCAACAACGGCGUGAUCCUGCGCACCGCCAGCGUCACUGAAGACAUUUACUCUGCGAGAAACACCCUCACCCACCGAAUCCACGGAGAAUUCCCCAAGGGAACCGUCGAAAUCGACUUUAGCAACAUGGCCGACGGCGACAGGUUCGGGCUGGCGGCGUUCCGCGACCAAACUGCGUACAUCGGUAUCCAUCGCAACGGCAGCGAGUACACCCUCAAAGCAAUCCAGGGUAUCAUCAUCGACGCGGAGUCAGGUAAUCCCGUUGACCCAGGCAAGGAGGUAGCCUCAGCCCCGGUGAGGAGCGGCGCUACCAAGGUAUGGUUCCGGGCUGAACUGGAUGCGCGGCCGACGGGGACUAGGGAUGCCGACUUUUUCUACAGUUUCGAUGGUGUUGAGUUUACUAAGCUUGGUGAUGCGUAUAAACUGAACUCUGGGUGGGAGUUCUUCAUUGCGUAUCGCUUUGGUAUUUUCAACUUUGCUACUAAGCAGUUGGGAGGCUCGAUCAAGGUGAACUCGUUCACUGCUGCUUGA